AUGAAGCAAACGAAGGCGGAAUAUCUAUCUAUCUAUCUAUCUAUCUAUCUAUCUAUCUAUCUAUCUAUCUAUCUAUCUAUCUAUCUAUGCCUAUUCAUAUGUAUGUAUGUAUGUAUGUAUGUAUCUAUCUAUCUAUCUAUCUAUGCCUAUUCAUAUGUAUGUAUGUAUGUAUCUAUCUUUCUGUCUAUCUAUGUUUAUUCAUAUUAUCAAUGUUUCCAUCUAUAUAUCUGUGUCUACUCACAAUAUCUAUCUAUCUAUCUAUCUAUCUAUCUAUCUAUCUAUCUAUCUAUCUAUCUAUGCUUAUUCAUAUCUAUCUAUCUAUCUAUCUAUCUAUCUAUCUAUCUAUCUAUCUAUCUAUCUAUCUAUGCCUAUUCAUAUUCAUGUAUGUAUGUAUGUAUGUAUGUAUCUAUCUAUCUAUCUAUGCCUAUUCAUAUGUAUGUAUGUAUGUAUGUAUGUAUGUAUCUAUCUAUCUAUCUAUGCCUAUUCAUAUGUAUGUAUCUAUCUAUCUAUCUAUCUAUCUAUCUAUCUAUCUAUCUAUCUAUCUAUCUAUCUAUGUCUAUUCAUAUUAUCAAUGUUUCCAUCUAUAUAUCUGUAUCUACUCACAUUAUCUAUCUAUAA